ACGAGAGAUGGGAUGAUCUAGUUUGAGUUCCACAUGCAGCUGUCUGGAUUCAUUAAGCCUUCUCCAUGUAGGGAAAACAUUACAACGUGACAUUACCCUUGUGUGACAUACACUGGGGAUACAAGCUCUGCCUGCCUUUGAAGAGAACAUCCAAGUGCUCUCCGGAAAGCAUUGAUCCCUAGACAGAAUGUGGAGAUUACACUCCUGAAUGCUCAAGGGCACUCCAUCUGGAGCAUAAGGUGAAAAAUCUCAUCAUGGAAUAUAAACAAGAAAAUCGCACAGAAGACGACUUAAUAGUGCCAACCAUACUAGACAGGCGAUACGUACCUCCUACGUUAACGAAUGUGGCCUGGGAAGGUUUCAGCUUUGCUGGACACGAAAUAAAAAUUGUGGAAGCCACGGACCUGUAUGGUGCCACAGUUUGGCCCUCUGCCCUUGUAUUGUGCUAUUUCUUGGAAAACCAUGGAAAACACAUGCAAAUUGAGGACAAACAUAUUAUUGAAAUAGGGUCUGGAACUGGACUUGUUUCUAUAGUAGCCAGUCUCCUAGGCGGACAGGUGACAGCAACGGAUUUGAAGGAUCUAAUUGGGAACCUGCAAUACAAUGUUCAUCGAAACACUAAGCAGAAAAGCAAACAUGUUCCACAAGUUAUGGAGUUGACUUGGGCAUUCGAUCUGGAGGAAACAUUUCCCAAAACGUCCUUUCAGUUUGAUUACAUCCUCGCAGCCGACGUUGUUUACAAUCACCCCUAUUUGGAGGAGCUUUUAGCGACGUUUGAUCACUUGUGCAAGGAUCAUACCACUAUCCUCUGGGCCAUGAAAUUUAGAAAGGAAAAUACGAUGAUAGAAAAUAGAUUUAUUAAUAAUUUUCAGAAGCUGUUUGACAUGGAGGUUGUGUAUGAUUUCCCAAGUCUAAAUAUAAAGCUCUAUAGGGCAGUAAGAAGAAGUCGAAUAACCACAUAGUGUUUAGUAUUUCAAGCCCUGAAUAAUAAUAUUCUUUUUGGGGAAGCUUGGCUUUUUUUUUUUUUUACAUUUUAGUGUUUUAUAAAAUUAUUCAAAAUAAUUUCAUGAUGGGUAUUAUGCAUAAAAAUAAAUUACCAGAAUAAAAAUAGACUGUUCUAUUCAUUCUGGUUUUCAAGGAUUAGCUGAGCUGAUACCAUUAAGCUCCCCUUCAUUAUGACACUUGUACUGCAUAUCAUCAGAAACAACCAAUAGUCUGCACCCCGCUAGGCCCUUUUUUUUGUUUUUACUGCAUAUUGAUGGUGACUGAAUUUUGUGUUCAUUUUAUACAAACCAUUAACGAUGCUCUCUGAUGUCAGAGGCUAAUAAACCUGGGCAGAUUUGUAAAACAACAA